CUCUCCCCCAACCCCACCGCUUUCUGUCCCCUCCGCCGCGCCGUACGGCCGCUCGCUCCGGAUCCCUCCGCGGGUAACUUCGCGCGGGGCGCGGGCGGCUCUGCCCUCAGCGUGGGGCCUGCCCGCCCCGCCCGGCGGCUGCAGCACGAUGGCCGAGAUCGGCAUCGACCAGUCCAAGCUGCCCGGCGUUAAGGAAGUGUGUCGAGACUUCGCUGUUCUGGAAGAUCAUACCUUGGCCCAUAACUUGCAGGAACAAGAAAUUGAGCAUCACUUGGCGACAAACAUUCAGCGUAAUCGUCUGGUGCAGCAUGACUUGCAGGUGGCCAAGCAACUGCAAGAGGAGGAGGAUCUGAAAGCACGUGCUCAAAUCCAGAAACGCCAAAAAGACCUGGAACGGCAGGACUCAGAGAUUGCUCAGGAAAUCCAAGUGAAGCUGGUUUUUGAAGCAGAGCAGCGACGCCGACAAGAGGAAAAAGAUGAGGACAUUGCCCGUCUCCUGCAACAGAAAGAAUUGCAGGAAGAAAAAAAGCGCAAGAAGCACUACCCAGAAUCCCAGGGACACAAGGUCUAUGAAGAUAGCUAUUAUUCAGAAAAUGGGGAGCACCUCCGGGCUGAUCCCAGUGAGCAUGUUUCUGAGCCUCGCAGGGCAUGUGGUGACAAUAGGCGCACGCACCGACAGAGAGAACACCGACAAGCACGCUCACCUUUAUCCGACAGUGCCUCCCAGCACAGGCAUGCCGCGCUGGAGGAUCACCUUAGGUCUCCUCAGCCGAGCGAGGCCACCGAUAGCCAUCAGCAGGGGUGCAAAUCUGCCAGCCAGGGUGGGUCUAGGAGACCUCCCAGCCUUGUCUUGGAAAGGGAGGCUGAUCGUGGUGCUGGUGAGCGCAGUGGCAACUGGGAACUGCAGGACAGGAGUGCAGCUGGCAGGGGGAAGGCUUGGAGACCUCUCAGUCUCGACCUGGAGUCAGAGCGUGGACUCACAGAGCAGGCACGGUGCGGUAGAAAGCCGACAAGGCGAGAUGGAGCAAAGCACCUUCCUGUUCUCGACGUGGAGCUGGAGGCUGAGCAGGAGACCUGGCGUCGGGGCGGCAGCCAGCUGGUGCGCCCUGAAAACCGCAAAUCCCGCAGUCGAGGCCACUCUUCUCAUGGGAUGGAGCACGAGGGCAGGCUCCAGGACUCCAGAUCCCAAGAAGAUCAUAGGAAGGGUGAGGAGAGAGACUGCAAAAGGGAAGGACGCAGGAGACCUUCCCCAUCCCCACACGCUGUGACCCAAGAGAGGGCUGGAGACUACCGGAAAGACUCAGGAACUAAGUUGAGGGGGACAAAGCAAACUGUUUACGAUAAACCCCGAAGAGAACAGGAAUUGUCUGAUGCAGAGAUUGCUCGGAAACUGCAAGAAGAAGAACUCCUGGCCAACCAAGCAGAUCAGAUGGCAGCUCAAGUGGCCCAGGAUGAGGAGAUUGCCCGUCUCUUGAUGGCAGAGGAAAAAAAGGCUUUCAGGAAAGGGAAGGAGAAAGAAAAGUCUUCCUUUGAAAGGAAGAGGCAUGAUCAAGACUGGAAGCAUGAUGCAAGUGAGUCCCCGCGCACAAGGUCAAAAGAAGGAGCUGAAACUCAACGACACAAAGGUGAUAAGUCUUCAAGGUCACAGCCUCUCCUCGAUGACUUUGAACACGCUCGGUAUUACACAAGCCAGCCCAGCCCCUUACGCCAGUUUUCCAAACCUGAGCACUCUCCUAAAGGUUCCCGUAGGAAGCAGUAAACUAUGCUAGCCUUUGCUUUGGUACUGACUCUUCUGUAGCAAACAUUACUGGAAUUGCCAGGCAACUUUCUGAAGUCCUUACCCUGUGGGGGAUCCACCUUCCACUCUCUGGAUCUCCUUUUUAAGUGUCAUCCUGUUUAUACAGAACAUUUGUUCAUUUCAAUUUUCUUUUUAUAUGUGAUCAGUCAAGCAGUGCCGUACAAUCUAGCCACCACUGAGCUGUGUGAAUCAACAAGCUGGUAACAUCUCCCUCUUAUAUUCCUUUGAGGCUUUCCUUUCAUUUUUAAGCUUUGGCUGGAGCUUGGACAAAUAGAGAUGCACGUACAGGAGGGAGAAAAAUUCAAGAUAUGAGCUGGGUUAUGGCAGUGCAGCAGAAUGUCUUACUUGUAAGUCCUUUCCAUGUUAGGAUGGCUGAGCAAAGAGUUAUAAGAGGAAAUGUGUGUUUCUUCUUCUGCUGGAUAAGAGCUGAGCCAAUCUAACAGUUGUGUUAGCUUGCAGGAAGGAGAGAGCAUCCUCACAGUUCACAAUCCAAAGCUGGAACCUGGGACUGGUGAGGAAGAAGUUGCCUACAGAAUAAAACUCCUUAACCACUGUGUUUAUUUCUGUGGUUUCUAGCAAUUUGUUUAGAGCAUUUUAACCAAGCAGUUAGCUUCAGGAUAUAGGAUCGGACAGUUAGGAGGAAAAGACUAUUUCAGUUGAAAUUAGGCCUUCUGUGCAUGGCUUUUAAGGCAUGCCAAGGGUGUUGAUGAAGCUGUGAGUUGUGGGUUGGGGAGAAUCAUGCAAAUGUAUUUAAAUGCCUGAGGAGUUCUCUGUGGUCACCUGCUUUGAGCUUCCAGGUCCUGCAAGCCGAGGAAUUCCACAGAAACCACAUAAAGAAUUACUGUUACUCCUAGUUCAGUUACUGAUACACUUUAGCACAAUAACUUAUGUAAGAAUCAGCCUUGUCCUCUUGCCUUCUGUCAUUCCAAUUCUUUGGUCUUGCUAACUUUUUUUUUUCCUGCCAAGUGCAUUUUUAAGCUGCGAAGCUGAGUAGCUGCAUACUGCCUCAGUCUGCUCAGCCCAGUACAGGUUAGCUACUCACUUGGUGGUCUUGUUCAUGGCAGCAGAGCCUGGCUGCAGUGCCCCUGUGCCCAGCUUCCUUACAGUGCAAUGCCAAACCUCUCCUGCCACACUCUUCAUCGUCUGCUGGCAGCUGCAGUUCUGCUGCUGGCGUUGCUGAGGAGAUGAGGCAGAGCUGUGAUUGUGCUCACCCUUGCCACUGGCCUGAGCAGCUGCCUGGGAAGGGAGCCCGACACUUCUGUGGAGCUUUGUGGAGAGCAGAUGCUGGCAUGGAGCGCUGUUAGGAAGUCAAAGGAGAUCAUGGCUCUUUCUUCUUGCACUACUGUACAAUUCAAGCCCAUAGACAGCUGAAGGGCUUUAACUUUGGCUGUUGUCCUUGGUUAGGAUAGCUACUGAGACGAAUCACUAGGAAGACAAAGCAACUUGUUUCCACGUAAGUUGCAAGGGCAUGUUUCAUAACACAGCACGAGCUCUUGCCGUGCCUGGAACAACAACUCAGACUUCCAUCUCUUACCCCUGCUGGGAUGUCGGCACCAGUUCCGUACCUGUGAAAUACCAGGUAACCCCUCAGCUCCAGGCACACACUAACCCAAAAUGUUGCAACAUAAGUCUUUGUGCACCAGCAGCAACCCAGCUGCAUGCCCUCGCUUCCAGGCUGUGGGCUUGCUUACCUGCACGAGUCCUUAAGUGAGUUGCAAGCUCUUGCUUGUUUGCUCUUUCUUCUCAGGAAAUAUCUCAGCCAGUGGCUAGAUUGUACUGCCCUUUCCUUGUGCCCUCUUCUUGUUCCAUCCAUGUCCAUUCAGAAGUGUUAAUGUUGUUUUUAAGGGAUUGGGAAAAAAAACAACGUAAACAGGUUUUUUUAUUAUUGUUUGAUAACUUGGGUCAAUGCGGCAACCUCAUUUGCGGUGACUUUAUUUUAUAAAAGUUUAUUUUUGUAUUUCAUGUAACAGUUAAAAUUUCUACUGCUGAAAAUGCCAUUUUUUUUUCUUUUCUGUGGGAUUUUUCCCCUCCCUUGCCAUCAGAGUGUAUUCAUUGUUGUGAAAUGGAUGCCUGGUAGGGUUUUACAUACUCAUACUCCUGCAAAUAUCCCAGGCCUUGCUGUUUAUAUCAUCUGGGCACUUAUGAAAAUUGAUGGGGAAAAAUCCUGCCAAAUAAGAAAGCGGUUGUGCUUAGUGCAUGCUUUGCAUGGGGAAAAUGGUGACCCUCUGCACAAGGCAUGGGGGAAGCCACUAACUAGGGAUCCAGCCCUCCCUGGGCUUCUGGAGAUAACUGUGAUGGGCUUUCUUGCACUGCAGUUGGCUGACAUAACUUCUGUCUUCUAAUUGGGAAAGUCACAAAGGCCCUGAGCCUGCUGGCACGGGAAGAACCUAUUAAAUCAGGAGAGAUGCUUUUGAGCAUCCAGAUUGUUGACUUCAAUGGGAUUGAGUGGAAAUGAUAUGAAAGUUGAUUGUGGUUGAUUUGGUUUGGAAGCUGAGUGAAAUCCAAAAAAACAACCCAGUGCCUAGGCUGUGAAGCUGCAGCAUCUCCUUAGUGGCCUCCUCAGGCCAGCCACGCUGCCCAGUGAUGGCACCAAGAAGAGGGAGCUCACGGGAAGGACUCAGGAGUGUCUGCUCCUUCUUUGGAUGCUUCCAGGGAGUGCUGAAUGCUCUGGGGCUGCUUUGCUCUGCUUCCUUAGUGCUUCCCUUUUUAAUCUUAUUCCUGCCUUCAUUCAUUUGCUGCCCCUUGGUCUGCUUCUGCUUUGUUUUUUCCAUGGCCCUUGCGAGAAGGAGGAGCUUGAGGUUUUGCUAGAAGGGAGCUGACACCUAGAGGGAGAAAUGCUAAGAGUGAUAACUCAGAAAAGCAUAAAAUAAAUAGAGGAUAAGCAGAACGGUUGUUCAUCUGACAUGCCUUGUGGACCUCACGCAGAGAACCUCAUGCAAAGGUUGUGCCCUGCAUGCUUAAUAGCCACGUCCAUGGCACCAUUGAAGUCAACAAGAGCUAAAACCGGAGGUGAACAAGAAGCCAGAUCUUCCUGGAGCUCAGCACCCCAGUUCUGCUGAGAGUCAGCAAGAUGGAGUGGCGUAGACCAGAUACAAAAUCAGCGCCUUGCAUGUGCGCCCCUGGAAAGGGGCACGCUGAAGUUGUUGUCUUAAAAAAGAAACAACCAGAGCAAUAUCUAUUUCCGUGGCAGAAAAAUACAUAACUUCUUUUUUGUAUGUGUGUGUUUUCUCUUGCUGAGACUCGGUAGCUUUGGCUAUGGUUUUGCUCUGAAUUUAGUAGCGUGUUGGAGCCCUUGCCGGGACCCCUGCCCUGCUCACUCAGAUCUUGCAUCCCUUUCUUACUACCUGCAUUAACAAGGGAACAUGGAGAGUCCAUCAGUGUGGAAUCCUGGCACUUCCUGAUCUCCACAGCAGGCACAUCUCACCAGCAAGAGCUCUCACCACCUCCUUGCCUCCGUCCGAAGCACAAUGAUCCGCAGAAGAGAGGUUGGGUGAACCCGAGUGGUCGUGCCUUACCUGCAGAGAUACUCAAUGUCUUCAGCAGUCUGAUCUGGGUCACCUUGCUAUGAAACACUGUCUUAAAUCAUGGACUGUACAGCUUCCUGCAGUGAGAAGCGGUUAUUGUCAUGGGAGUAGACCAAACAGGUUAAUCUCAUCUUUUCUUAAGGAACUUCAUGGUUUUGAACUUAGAGGGGGUGGGAAAAUAUCAGCUGUUAGGGAUAGAUGGAUUGUCUCAUCGUUGAAUUUCCUCCUCUCAGGGAGGAAGGAUAGGAGUUACAAAUGCUGCAGUCUGCUUUGCUCUAUAAAAGGGAUCUUUUAUGUACAGUAUUUUUAUAUCUUUGCAUCCCCACCUGUCAGGAUUAGAAUCAAGUUUAAUAACAUACAUAGGAAAAAAAAUGGAUUUUUUUUGCAAUGCUUGACCUUUGAGUUUUUUUUAUUUUGUGCCAAAUUACAGCCACUGUUACAUUCUAGGAUAUUCAUACAGUUUAUUGAUCAAUGCUUAUGUUAUAUUUUUUAUUAUCAAGGUUUUUAUUUUAAUUCAUAUUAACCUGUAUGCAAGCUAACUGUGGAUUGCUAAUUUAUAUAUAAGGGGAGCACUUUGGAGACAGUGUGAGGAUUCCCCUGAUUAGUUUACACUCCUGUAAUGUAGUGCAGCCAGUCCAUAGAACUCAUCACUUCUUGCAAAGGACGUUCUCCUGGGCACCUGCCACCCGAGUAGAUUGCUGCCGUGAGGAAGGGCAGGAGCACUGAUGCUGCAAGGCUGUGUUUGGCUGCGAUGGGACACGAAGCACAGCCUGCAGCAGGGCUGACCCAGCUCUCUGCUGUCCUGUUUGUGGCAGAGAUGCCCAGGGAGGCUGCUGCAGCGGGAGUCCCCUUUAGGGGGUGACUUUGAGGUUUACUCUGCCCUAUAUCCGUCCCCAGCAGAUGGACCAUUCUCGCCCCACUCUCAAGAUGCUCGAUGUGUGGUUGUGCAGUUGCGUUGGGAGAUGGGCGUGGGACACAGCGCUGAGGCACAGCAGUGCCCCUUGCAUCGUGUGUUCCACAGGCAGCUCAUCUCUUCUGGUGGAGAACGGGCAUCAACCUGCAGAGAUUCCAGUUUACUGUAGUCUUUGAAACGUGUCCCGCAGCACGUUUCUGUGCAGUAAUGCCUGUGCUACAUACAAGUGCCACUUGGACUGCGAUGCCCCAGACAGGCUGCACUACACAGGUCCUGUGUUGAGAAGCUGCACUGCCCCCAGCCUGUGGCCUGCAAACAUCAGCCACCGCCUCCUCUUGGGGUGGCACUGGGCAAGGCUGGAGCUGUGCAGCUGAUGCUCAUCAUAGGAGAGUCCCACAGAGGACAGCGGCACACAAAUAAGUGUUUUCUACUUCACGGCAAACAAGUUUCACUGUAUCAGUGUUCACUCUAAGUAGACUCCACAGUGUGUCUCCAGCUGCAUCUGUGCACUGCAAUAUAGCUAACUGCCUCAGAAAAGCUGCGGUUGUCUAAUUUAGCUCUUCAGGGUAAGCUUUCAGCCUGUAGGAUCUGAGUGUUGGCCAUAAGAUAGUCGAGUGGUUGAACUUCCUCAGAGCUGCAAGUGCACCCUGCGUUGCAACAGCUAAUCCUUAAGUAUAAAUCGCGCACUGACAAUAAUCUGUCUAUGCAAGCCUAUUUUUUCUCAUUUUUGACUGUUCACUCUCUAGUUUUACCAGGUUUGGCAUAGAACUUCUGAAUGACAUUUAACCAAAGUAUCAUGUCCGUGUGUGUGUAGCAUGUUUUGCUUCUUACUCCUGAGUUCAUUGAAUGUAAAGGGAACAUGGCCUUGUCCCAUUUUGUUCAAUAAACCGUUGUGUUUUGUUACUGACCACAUCCUUCUGUCCCUCUGCGUGCUUUUCUGGGGACACUGAAUGGGAUCCUUUUCCCCAGUGUGUCAGAGGCUAAUUCAGUGUGUCCUUCUGCUGUGGGUCACACAAGAGCAGGGGGAAAGCAGCGCUUCAUUCCACUUUUGGCUCCCGGAGCUUUGCUGUUUCUACCAAUAAUUAUGUUCUUCCAAUUUAAUAGACAUGUAGCAAAAACAACAGUUUGUAUUUAAUUUGAUUAUUUUGUGGCCAGAGAGAUGGAAAAAAAGCUGUGUAAUGUCUUGGAAAGGAUUUGGACUGUUUCAUUUCCUGAGACUGUGAUACUGAAAAAUAAAGCUGUGUAAUUAUUUGCAA